AUGACUCAACCUCCUGGCUUUGUUACUAGUGAUAAGUCCCUAGUGUGCAUAUCUCUCCAUGCUUUAGUUUAUGUAGAUGAUAUUCUGAUCAUUGGCUCUAGCUCUGCUCACAUUCAUGAGCUCAUCAUCAAACUUCACCAUAAGUUCGCCUUGAAGAAACUAGGUAGACCAAGUUACUUUCUGGGGAUUGAAGUUAAGUUUCAGUCUAAUGGAUCCUUGUUACUUACUCAGACGAAAUAUAUCAAAUACCUUCUCUCUAGAGCCAAGAUGGAUGGUGCAAAUGGUGUUCCUACCCCUAUGCUGGGCACGUGUAGAUUGAGUAAACAUGGCACCAAUUAUUUUGCUGAUCCUCAACUGUAUAGGUCUAUUGUUGGAGCUCUCCAAUAUGUUACCCUAACAAGACCUGAUAUUUCCUUCAGUGUUAACAAAGCCUGCCAGUUCAUGGCAAGCCCUUUGGACACUCAUUGGGCUGCUGUUAGGAGAAUUUUAAGAUACUUAAUUUGCAUUGUUGAUUGUGGGUUGUUAUUAUCUCAUUCUGUUGCAGGUUCUAAGUUCUUUGUCCGUGCCUACAGUGACUCUAACUGGGCAAGCGAUCCUGAUUAG